CUGACUCAGUGAAGGCUGAAGGGCUCAGCAGCAGCACCUGCUGGUGUCCCGGUGGAACUGCAGCUAAUGUGCUCUGAUGUCACUCUUGCGGUCCUCCCUCUUGUGUGAAGCACCAGCAGUCACAGGGUUGGGUGCAGCCGCAUGCUCCCUGGGAAUGAUUUGUCGCUGCUAUUAACGAUCACCCUCGCUGUACGGAUUCUCUGAUCAGGAGAUCACAGUGACUCUUCCAAAGGGCUUGCCUUCAUAGCUGGGGACACCAUGUCUGACGAUUUUGGCUUCUUCUCUUCCUCUGAGGCUGGAGCUCCUGCAGAGACAGAAGAGGACCCUGCAGCUGCCUUCCUUGCCCAACAGGAAAGCGAAAUUGCUGGGAUAGAGAAUGACGAAGGCUUUGGGGCAGUGCUGGUAGGAGGCCAGGCUUCCCCGGAUUCACUGAUUGAAACAGGUAAAUCACAGGCUACAAAGCCUGCAACACAGGUUUUGGCUACACAUAUACCCCCCUCAUCCUCCCCCAUAACAGCAGCUUGCCUGAAGAGCUUACACUCUGCUGCACAGAGAAGACACAAUGAAACAUUCCAAGGUCACUCACUGCUAGUCUGAGGCUAGAGCAGGCAGGUAGGCAUACUGUCACAGUGUGCACACAGUGUGCUGUAUAGCUACUGCUUCCAUUUGUAAAGCUCUGGGGGGAAUUCUGGCCUCAGAAAUGGGUAAACAUCGGGUCCUGAUGCCAAUAUUAUAUGACCUUCAGUCAGUGUAUGGAUCACUAGCAUUAUAAUGCUGGAUGAAGUUACAAAUGAUUUAGAACCUGCCAGAUACAGCUCAGAAUGUAGUAGUUGCAACAAAGGAAUUCUAGAAUAAAACUGGUCUCACUGCUGCUGUGGAUAUAAUACUGUAGUGACAGUGGCUUUAGUAAGCUAAACAGUGCAUAAUAAUCUGUUUUUUUGUGUGUUCGUGUGUUUGUUGAUUCAUCUAGCACUUUAGAGAUACAUGUACCUGCUUUAGUUUCCUAUUACUAUUUUAAAGAUAUUCUAUCAAUAUUCUAUCAGUAAAUAUAUUGUAAUACUGCCUUUAUCAUGUAUAUUAUGCCUGUGAAUGGUGUGUGCUAUGUGCAAAUUAAACCUUAAUUUUAAUCUCAAAUACACAUGUUUACAUGUGUUGGUUGUACUCAAUUGAAAACCAGAUUGCAAGAUUUAUGCUAAAACAGCCAGGCUAUGACCAUAGAUUGUGUUGCUUUAAUGUCGCAAUUUUUUAUUCAGUUCUUUACAAUCCACUAUUUAGUUAAUAAUCACCAAGAAACAGGAUUUGGGCUUAAAUCCUGCAGCCAUUCUAAUUUUAAAGGCAGUAGGCCAGAGUGAGACCUCUGCUAGGAUCCAAACAUAAAUGCAGAGGAACACAAAACACACCAAUAACCCUCGUAUCCUGGUUUUAAUUGCAUCAGUGAGAUCAGUGGCAAUGUUUCGGGCGAUGACCGUUCCAAAAAGAACGUUGUGUAGCCCGAAAUUUUACAACUGGUGUUAUGGUUACAUUAAAAAACAUUUUACAAAAAAUAUUCAGGUGCCUGCUGCAUGUUUAGAUUUUAUGUUGAAAUAUUUCCAGUUUCUUUUGUAGUAUCUGGUCAGCAAGUCUUCUCUUCCCAUUACAUGAGUCAUAUAAUGUCAUCUAAUAUCUGCUAAAGAAUAAAUAAAAAAUACCAAAUCCUAUGCACAGCAACAGGAAUUUGGGGGACAUUUAUUGACACCUGAUUUGCCCCUGAAUUGAUCAAUUCGGUUAUUUCUGUUUGCUAUUAUUAUUAUUAUUAUUGGCAUUUAUAUAGCGCCAACUUAUUCCACAGAGCUGUACAAUGUUAUAAAAGAUGACAUUUAACAACAAAUGAGGCAAACUUUAAUAGGAACAAUAGGUUGAUGAGGACCCUGUUCAGAUGACUUUACAAUCUAGAGGCUACCUUAAAACUAAAAUAUAUAAAUAAUCCAGGCAUUAAAAUUUUACAUUUAUAUUUAAAUGUAAUCGCAGGGAUCUCCAGGUUACCCAAUCAUUCGAACCAACUGUAGGAAGAGAUAUAUAUAUAUAUAUAUAUUUGUGUAUUUAUUACAUUGUGUAUGUAUAUGUGAUACCAAGCCUGUCUCAAAAGUCAUUUACUCUUUGUGUAACCUGAUUCAUUUACGGUCGGAUUGAAUGACAAGCACCACACAGCUCAGGUAGUCCGGGUUGGGUAAUUGCUGUUCUAGGACUUAGUUAAUUUGUAGAAAGGGUGGUGCCUAAACAUACAAAGAAACCCAGUAACAUAUCUUAAAGUAAACUUCAGUCAAGAAGCCAACCAAUAUACUGCAUUGAUGACCCAAAAUUAUUUUACUAAAUAUAUUGUAAAGCGCUACGGAAUCUGUUGGCGCUAUAUAAAUGGCAAUAAUAAUAAUAAUAACUCAGAUUCAAAUUAAAAAAUAGCAGGAUAUAGAAAGUGAAAAUAUAACCGGUCCGGCCUUCUGUUUUUAAAUCGGAACAACCCGCAAAUAAUGUUAAAAAUCAACAUUGGCACAUGCCAAAUGAUAGGCAAAGCAGGGCAUUCAAGCUUGCAGACAGUACUGCAAAUCCCAUUACACCCAGCCAGCAGCAACAUUUGUCAGGCAUUGAUGGUAUUUGUAAUCUAAAAUAGAGGUUGAUUGUCCCGGCCCUCAAAAAAAAAAACCCGGGUCACUGGCUCUAAAGACCUUGUCUUUGUGUUAGAACAGAUUUACUGUUAAGUGAUAGUUUUUUAUGUUCGUCACAACAGUGAGUUUGAAAUGUCGCUAGGUCAAAGAGCAUUUAUUGGGUGUGCAUAUGGAGACAAUGGGGUUUAGUCACUAAAUCAGAAAUUGUGAAGCAGCGACAUAGGAUUUGCGAGUGUCGAGCUAAAUAGCAAAGCUGGAAAAAUAGUUGAGUCGUGAAUUAUUUCUGAUUUGGGUAUUGUGCCUAAUUGUGGCCUAAUAUUUACUCUUUCCUAGUCACAACUACUUCUGAUUACGUGAAAAAAAUCCCUGUAUGUAUCAUAUCGUCCAAACCGAACUACUGACCACUUACUGAUACUGUAGAACACUAAGUGGUAAUCCCAGUUUGGGUAAUAAUUUGUCAGAGCUGAAAAGAUUGGCUUUGAAAUGGCUCCUCUGAAUAAUCACGCUGCCCGUACAAAACCAGCAUUUAAUACUACGUGACGAUGGUGCUAUUUCUGAAACAGCAUUGCAGUAGUUUACCUGAAGAAUGUAUCCCCUGUCCCAUUGGAAGAGGAGAUAUGCAGUGCACUGCAUCUUUCUCAAACACUGUAAUGCAGAGAAGUCCAUUUAUUCUGUUUGCAGCAUGGGGCCUCAAACAUUCUGUGAUUACACAGUUAGAUUUAGAUCUCUGUAAGUUAAAUUCUAUAGAUAUUUGUUAGGGAGAUUUAACUGUUAUUGAUAUAAAACUGUGACAUUUGAUGCUGAAAUCAUGAUUUUUGAUGUCUGGCUAUCUGUCUGUCUCGCUAUCCACCCACCUAUAUGUUGCUGUCUGCCUGUGCAUUCAUGCAGCCAAAAAAGUUGACUUACCAGUAAUACAAUACAGCACCAACGGAGUCUAAAAUCAGCCACUCCUCCUGGAAUGAUUUCAUCAAGAUUAAUGGACUCUGGUCCCAUUCAAUGCUUCUCAUAGUAAAGUAUUCCAGACCUAGAGUACAUACACAGCUAUUGCCACAUUGAAUCCACUGCUUCUCUAUGGGUUGCACUGGAUGUUUGUUUCACCAUCACGCCAGGUUAUUUGAAAAAAAAAUAUACCAUUAAAGGGACACUAUAGUCACCAGAACAACUGCAGCUUAAUGUAGUUGUUCUGUUGAGUAUAGUCUGUCCUUGCAGGCUUUUUAGUGUAAACACUGCCUUUUCAGAGCUAAGGCAGUUUUUACUUUGUUGCCUAGCAACACCUCUAUUGGCUGUCACUCAGACGUUCACUAGAGGUGCUUCCUGGGGCAGUGCUGCACAAUGUGCUAGCUUCCUGGGGCAGUGCUGCACAAUGCGCUAUGAGGAGAUGCUGUUUGAUGCAGCACGGUGUUUGCGCAAUAGCCUCCUAAUGCUUUCCUAUGGGAAAGCAUUUGACUGGCAGAGAUAAUCAAAUUUGAUUAUCUCAGCAACUGGAGCAGGGCGAGGCCAGCCAAUGGCGAGACCAACGCAGCACUGGAGAAAGGGUAAUUUUAAACACAUUUUUUAAAGGGAGGUACCUAAACAGUGCUUUUAAAACUAUAGUGUCAGGAAUACAUGUUGGAAAAUUUGAUGACACUUGUUCUUUAAUUCUAUGUGCACUGUGAGUGCUUGUCUAAUUGUGCAGUUUUAGCACUGGACGAUAGUGCUGGGUUGAUCGGGAGGGUAUUUCGUGUUUCACACUGAACUGCUUUAUGACUUGGUAGGUCUGUUUUUGGGUAUCAAUGAACCAAAAGUGACAUUUGACAACACCCUUCAAGCAUUCUUCCUAAUACUUGGUGCUAGGUACGUACAGCCCAAUUUUUGGAGACAGAAUGUGGCGGCAGGCCCUCAGGGGAUGUCACCAAUGACGCUACUUGCGUUACCGAUGAUGCCAAAAAUGAGCAGGUCCACUUAGAAAAGGGGAUGACCCCCAACUAAAGGGGCGUGACAGUCUUUCCGGCAGUCUCUUCAAUGACCGAUCCGUGCAGAGAAUGCUGCUGAAGUGUUCUCUGCAUGGUCCUACCACCCGCUUCACAGCGCAAGCACGUCUAAUGAUGCUCUCGAGCUGUGCUGCCCAGGUGCGAACUAAAGCGGGACAAAACCCUAAAAUGGGGACUAUCCUGUUGAAAUAGGGACUGUUGUGUGUCAUGUAGGUAGGAAUUUGAUUUGGAUUAGAGUGAGAGCUAAUCUGCAACUUUUCAUAGAUGCGUUAUGAAUUCUGUGCAUAUGUUUUGUGCAAAGUAUAAAUAAAUAUGUCUAUUUUUGGUAUAUACAUUUUUCCAGAACCUUGCCUAUGUAUAUAGAAGGAAACUGCAUUGUUACCCAAAAGGUUACAUCCAGUUACAGUAGAAAUAGAGCAAGCGGAACAAUCCGAGUAUGUAUAAUUUAGCUUGUUUCAGCACUGUAUUUACAAAGCCUGGUAUGACUACAAAAAUCAAUGCUAUGCAAUUCCCUUUUGGGAAAACUACUAAGGGUCUGGAAGUAGGUGACAUCCGAUCCAGCCUCCACAAAAUAUUGACCCGAUGAUUGUAGUGAUCUCAACGUGGGAAAGUUACAGUAAUUAUUACAUGGUUCAGUGACAAGGAUAGCUAUUCCCAGUUUCACAGCGUCUAAUCUCGUUCCUUUUAUUGUGUAAAUCUGCUAGCUUGGAAAAUUUAAACUAUGGAUGCAGCUGUCGCCCCUUUGUAAAGAAUACAAUUUAGAAAUCUAUUUAGUAAUGUGGUCAGAUGGGCUAGUGAUUUCCAUACGCCCAAGCAAGCAUCAUUUACAGGAUGGCUUGUAGGAAAAUGCUGGAAAAUUCUCAUGGGAAAAAACAAAAUAGUGUAAAAAGAUUAAACCCCUUUUAGGAGCAGGGUUAGUCAAAUUCCUGGCUGUAACAGCUCUGACAUUUUGUUGGUCCUAAAGUUAAGUAACAAAAACAUGUAGAAAAUAUCAUAUUAUUGAUACUAGUGUUGUGCCUUUAACUUCACUAUAAAUUAGGAAAUGGUAAAAAUUUAUAUUUUAGUUUAACGCCUUAAAGGAACAUGCCACCGAAUUUUUUUUUAAUUUGAUUUACCCCCAAAGAAAAAUAUGCUUGUAAUUUGCUUUGCUUAUAUAAAAUCUUGACUUGCAAUAACUGUAGAUGUACAUACCCCCUAACAUCAACCUCCCAUGAAUGAGGAACCAAGAAAAUAGGUUAAAAGAGGCCAAACCAGUGACGUAAAUCGUAUUACUAUUAUUUUAUUAUUUAUAUAGCGCCAGCAAAUUCCAUAGCGCUGUACAAUGGGAUCACUGCCACCUUCCAAAGGAAGAGGCCCCACCCAAGAUCUGGCAAGUUAGCACGGCAUCAAAUACACACCAGGCUGCUGUUUAAGUCUGCAUGGUCCUUGUGUCCUUAUCAUAGUGUCUAAUGAUGUGCUCACGCUACGCUUUUUCCCGUGUCCCCAAAAGCGGGACACCAAGGAACAAACCCAGGAUGGUGGGACACGAUAGGGAUUGUCCUGGCGAAAUCGGGAUGAUUUGGAGACCUGGAUCUAGAAUCUGCAGCUUGCGCAAGUCUACCCCUUCUUCCCCAGUAUAGACUUUUUUGGCUCUCCAAUCAUUACAGGUCAUUGAGAAGGCUUUACAAGACAGGUGCUCUGGAUCCUUACCGGCCUCUUGAAGUAACAGGACUUAUGUCUAAUUGUCACCAGGUUCAUUUAUAAAAGUGUUGAUUUCUGCUCAAAUGGGCACUUUUAUAAAAUUGGGGAAAAAAGAGGACACACUCUUAACACAGAGCUUUUCGGUAAGCUAAAGUUGCUUAGGGGUUUGAAGUGACCCUCUAAGUAAAGCAUGAAGAAUGGCACAGUUAUGCUAAAGAUAGGAUAAUUUACCCUGAAAUAAAACACAAAUGUAUGUUCUUUGUUUUCUGAUGCCAAGCUCAUCUAUUGGCUUAAUGUUAUAAACUAUAGAGUUUAUUCCCUAAACUAGCGACUGUUUACGGUUAACAAGAGGGUAACAGAUAUUUGUCUAAAAUUGCCAAACCGGUAAAGGAGCUAUGUUGUCGAAUUUUUCAUUUCAGCAAUUUUUGCCUACAAUUUGAAAUUCCCUUGCAAUUCCUCUUUUACUAAAUAAUCCCCUCCUAUCAGCAUUAAUACUUUAUCACUGUGUAUAGAGCUCUGAUAAAGUGCUGCUUUUCUCCCCUUAUAGUGAACAGUGUAUUGUGGGGGCGCAAACGGUAGUAAGGGGGUGCCUGCAGAAUAUAAUUUAAAGGGACACUGUAGUCACUUUAACCACUUUGUCUCUUUGAAUUGGUUAUAGUGCCUGGAGUGCCCUGGCACUGUCCCUCCAUUCAGUGUUGCACCAUGUUCGUGCAGUAUGCCACAAAAUAAGAGUCCCUGGCCACCCACAGUCCGGCCCCUUCUGUAUGUGUAGCUAAGGCAGAGAUUACACACUUGCUUGUUGUCAUACCCAUUCAUACCGUCAGUUGGAGCUCUGACAGGUUAAAAGCAGUCAGCUGACACUCUCAGCCCAUUGCUGCUCAGGGUAAUACUUCCUUAUUAGCCAAAGCAGCACAGAGGGGAUAGACUGCCGUGGCUCUUGUUUAGCAUUAAAACAUUACAACAUUAAAAACUGUUUAAUGCUGAAAGAAAUGAUGGUACCAGGGGACUCCAGACACUAUAACCAGUUUAAUGAGAUGAAGCAGAUACAGUGCCUACGGUGUCCCUUUAAUAAGCAAGUAUGAAAUGCAUGUAUCCUUCAUGACAAUUAACAUCAUGCGCAAUAAACCAUCCACUGGCUGAUAGUGAUGGUAGUUUUAGUCCAUAUAGAGGAACACUGUAGCAGACAUAAUAUUUAAGAAUCAAAUAUUUCAUAAUUAUUUUAGAUCUGGACAGCAGCCGCCGUCUGAAGUGACAGACAUUUUGGCUGGGAGAUGGAAAUAAUGUGUGUUGUAGUCAAAGAAUGAAAUAAGUAGAGUGCUACAUUUGUAUAUGAUUGUAAUGCAUGAUUAUAGCAAUACAUUAUGCUAAAUUCUAGGUUCACAAACUCCCACAUGAAUAAAUUACAUGAACUUUCAAAAUUACCCAGAAUACUUUGUGCUCUUGGAAAGCCGUAUAGUGGUGUGGUGUGCAAAACUUUUGGAAUGCUCAUGAUUAUGACAGACCGAAAAAGGGAGCGGCCUGCAAUGGGAGUACCAUAAAACACAUUUGUAGUUCAUAUAAUUUAGGGAGGAACCAGUGUGUGGGAUGUUUUUGCAAAUCUGGAUUAGCAAAUUUUUUGGACUGUGCAGUACGUGUCUAUUUAUACGUGUUUUGCUAGGGGAAUGUGCUUUCUGUGUUGCAAUGAAAACACCUUUCUCGCACUUCACAAAAAUCAAAUAUAACUUGAAAACCCAUCUAUUUUAUAACAGUGCUACAGGGAUUAGCAAAUACAUUGUGUAGCAGCCGUGGAGAUUGGAGCUCUGUGAACGGAAUUGUAGCUUGGAUUACUGCUAUAUGGAUUGGUUGAUUUUAGGAGACAGGAUGGUAUGGAUAUACGUUAGGUGGAGUAAUUGUACAUUGUGCAUUGUUUGUUUGGUGUGUAUUGAACACAAAAAUAAAAAAUAUUCCACUACCCCUACUUUAAAGGAAAUAAAUUCAUAUAAAUAAAUGUUACACACAUUACUCACUCAUUUGCUGCCUACAUGUUGAUAUCCCUGUUCCAUAAUUUUUAAGUAACACUAUAGUGUUAGGGAAACAAAACUGUAUUCCUAACACUAUUUUGUUCCACUAGAGGCAGGGUUAAAGGGACAGGAACACUGCACCCAGGCCACUUCUAAGAGAUUAAGUGGUCUAAGUCCCUUUAAAUGUGAUGCAAGCACAAGCUUGGUAAGUACGGACACACACUUUGUUUUAUUAUAUUAACACAAGGAAAUGGGGGGGGACACACUGAAAAAAUGUGACAGAACCUACCGUGCCAUGGACUUUUGGAGAGGCUUGAAGCCUAGUCUCACUGGUCCUAUUGUCACUCUGGGGAGGGCUACGGGGGCCCAGAACACUUACUGUGCUUCCUGUCCGAACUUGUGAACCCCUGGGAUUACCUGGAUUCGUUGUACGCAUUAAGCGUCUGAACGGCAGAAACCCUGAAACACCCUGGAACUGUUCCUUAAAUUGGGACUAUGCCAAGGUCUGGUCAGUCUUUAAGCACUUGGUGCCCCGAAAUCCAAAUAUAUUUUGAGGGGAGUUUGGGGAGGCAAUGGAGGAUACCUAGAGCUUGAAAGCGCUCCCUUCUCCAGGGUGACCAAAUAAAACUUUAACACGCUGUAACGCGGGGGCAAGGCUAUAGUAAAGCAAAUGGUAUAUUUGCAGCAGCCCUGGUCCUCUGGAAGAGGUACUCUGAGACCCUAGGCAAGCUUUGGCAACUAAGUCGGAGUACUGGAGCUCCAUCACAAGCAGCUCUGUAGUGUGUGUGCAAAUAAACUGCAUUGUGUGACUUCCAUUUUGUUGAAUGCAUUUAAUAGAUAAUGCAAUAAAAUAGGAAAUCUUGCACUAAUUAAAAACACUAAUAAAUUCACCUAUGAAAAACCCCAAGACUGUAGAUCUGCAGCCUUGGCCAGACCAAUCAGAAGUCUCUCAUUCUCUAAAUAUGGAGCCACAACGUCUCUGAUAAAAAUGCAAUAAGUAGUUCAGUACUUGGUAGACACUUCUAAAUAAUAUUAACAUAACUGAAAAAAGUCCCUAUCCCUUCAGCUCUCUGUAUACUACAUAUACCCUGACUUCGUCUUUGUACUUUUUGUCUUUUAUUUAACACUGGAAAACUAAUGGGAAAUGAUCAGUAUGUAUGUUCUGCAGUUCAGAUAGCUUUAUGGCUCAGUUUUGCACUCAGUAAAAACUAACACAGUGCUAGCUCUAGCUAUGUGCUAGGGCAAUCCUACGGUAGAGCCAUACGUGCGCUUAUUAAUAUGGCUCUAUGUGUGUUAGGUAAAUUUGCAUGUUAAGCUGUGGCAGUGUCACACAGUGCAAAUAAAGAAAAAUCACAAUGGCUCAUACAUUGUUAGCAUAAUCCAUAGCUAACUUUUAAUAAGUCACUGGGUUGUGCAAAUAUCUGAUCUGUGACGGUCCACUCGAACUGCAAGGGCUGCAAAGUGCUGACUGGGCAUUAGCUGUUUAUUCUCUUUGCAUAAUUCAGAAAUUUGACAAUCACUAGCCUACAUGAGAGAUAAUGCACACCUAUAAAUAUGUCAAAUAAUUGUCCACAUAGAGGGAAGGGCUGGUACGCAGACGUCAGGACUCUCUGAUCACAGCUUCAGUUCUGCCCAGAACAGGGGUUUCAGGGACUUGUAGUUCAGUUAUCAGGUUUCUACCUAUGAAUGCUGAUAGCUGAACUACAACUACCAGUGACUGUUGUUGAGCUUCAUGAUGACACCUGCAGCUGUAAUAUUGAGCUGUUACAUACAGUGAGGGAAAAAAGUAUUUGAUCCCCUGUUGAUUUCAUAACUUUUUUGACAUGCGUUUUUCUGUUAUUCUGUCUCUCACUGUUAAAACACACCUACCAUUAAAAUUAUAGACUGAUCGUUUCUUUGUCAGUGGACAAACGUUCUAAAUCAGCAGGGGAUCAAAUACUUUUUCCCCUCACUGUAUGCACAAUAACCAUCAUGGAGGACAUAUUUGUUGGAAUGGGGGAGGUGAGAGAGACAAGGAUGCAGAAUGUUGCAUACAAAUGUCAUUUUGCAAAAACCUAAUGAAUAUAUAUAUAUAUAUAUAUAUAUAUAUAUAUAUAUAUAUAUAUAAAAGAAACCAAGAGCACGCAUUAGGCUGCUACUAGGAUAGGACCUGCCGAAUAUGGGGUACUUUGACGUAGUUGGCAGGCUUAUCCAAUGUAUGAUUAUAUAAUGUAACUAAACCCCCAUCAUUUUUUGCCUAGGUGAAAUGUUUUUAAAUAAAACUAUUACAAUCUCUAAGAUUUGAAAUCAUUGUUUAGCGAAUAAGCGAGUGUGCUGGAUUCUGUAUUUUGUGUGUAUAUAUAUAUAUUUUCACUGUGAAUGAAACAUCAAUUGCCACAAGUCUAAAGUUAAUUUAAAAUUUUUAUUUAAAAUUGGCAAACUAUAAAAACCACAACAUUUUAUGCUGAAUUUCCUUUUGUUCCUGCAGUGGGAUUUGAUGACCUGGUGACAACCCCUGUAAAUGGAGACAUUUACCAGGUGAGUCUGGUUGCCUUCUUGUACAAAGGUAAUUGUGUGAGUAAGGAAGUGGAUGAAAUGUUUUCAGGAAGUACCGAAUAUGGUAUGUUUGUAUCUUAGGUAACUUCAGUUGGAAAGAAGGAAGUAUAUAUGAACAAAAGAAAAUGUUUUUUUUAAACGACACUCCAUGUGAUGUGGACACAAAGGUUUCUGAGGAACCUCUAUUAUACGGGUUCUCACCCUGUGGAAUGAGCAACACAAGCAGGGGUUACUUUAAAAGCUGUCUGGCUGGCCACCAUAGAGUAGUAGGCACCAGAUUACUGUGAUGGCAGCUGCCUACUCUGCACGAAUGUGCUGUGUCCGGAGGGGAGAAAGAAGACGUGCAGCAAGGGAGCGUUGAUGUCUGUGCUCUUCCAGCACUACUCCUUUGCGCCCUGUGGUGAUGCCAGGAGCUGCGUUAUGAUGUUGUUAUGAUGUCACGGCAUCAUUAAACAGCACGAAAAGGAGCAGUGUUGGGAGAGCACAAACAUUACACAAGAGGGAAGAGAUCUCCACUAGACACCAGAGAAAGCAUCCGCUACAGAUCUCCCAAAGGAAGGGAGACUGACUUAAAUAAAAAUAAUUUAAGUAAAUUAUUUGUGAGUGUGUGUGUGUGAGAAUGUGUAUGCGUCUGUCAGUGUGUGUCAAAUCAACGAGAGUGUGUGUCAGUGAGUGUAUGUUAGCGUGUGUCAAAUCAGUGAGUGUGUCUGUCAGUGAAUUGGUGAGUGUGUUUGUCAGUCAAUGUGUGUGUGUCAAAACAGUGAGUGUGUCUGUCAGUAAAUGUGUGUGUAAUCUCAGUGAGUGUCUGUCAGUAUAGUGUGUGUGUCAGUAAAUGUGUCUGUGUGUCUGUAAGUGUGUAUCAAAUCAGUGAGAGUGUCUGUAAGUGAAUAUGUGUGUGUCUGUAAGUGUGUGUCAAAUCAGUGAGAGUGUCUAUCAGUAAAUGUGUGUGUGUGUGUGUGUGUGUGUAAGUUAGUCUGUCAAAUCAGUGAGAGUCUGUUUGUCAGUGAGUGUGUGUGUCAAAUCAGUGAGUGUGUCUGUCUGUAAAUGUGUGUGUGUGUGUAUGUAAGUGUGUGUCUGUCAGUGAAUGUCUGUGUCUGGUCUCAUCAGGACCCUAAUAUUCCUUAUUAACAGUGGGAGUAACAGUAAUGCUUGUAAAAAUAAGCUACAAUAACACAUCUGUAUAUAGAGCGCCUACACUUUUCCACCAGCUAAGAGAGCUCCCCUGGUUUUUUUAUUUAUUAUUUCCUUGUAUAUUUGACCUAUUCUCCCAUGUAUUUGUAUUUAAUGCAAGUUAGAAUGAUGCUCCCCUAUGGCCAUACUGUCAUGUACUCUCUAUAAAAGGCUCUGAUACUAAUCCAUCAUAUCUUCUAAAUAUUAGGAAUCUGACGGAUAUGCAGCAAUAGCCAAUGCUGACCGACUGACUCAGGAACCGGAAAGCCUCCGGAAAUGGAGGGAGGAACAGAAGAUACGUUUGGAGGAGCUCGGUAUGAUACGUUUGUUGAUACGGGCCUUUUUCAUUACAAUUAUUUGUCAGUAUUAGGAAAGAGAUAUUUUAAUAAUUGCUAUGGUUUACCAUCGUUUGACAAAUUACAAGUACUUUACAAACUGGGAGAUUCCUGUUUAUGAACCACACCGCUAAUCUCAAGUAUCCAGUAGUUCCGCAAUAGCUGAGGUUCUUCCUUAGACAAGCCCAGGUUCAGAAGUUUGACGCCUGUAAUCCCAGGAGGAUCACAUGCACGCUUAUGCAGUUGAAUUAUUGUUAUUAUUAUUGUCAUUUAUAUAGUGCCAACAGAUUCCAUAGCGCUUUACAAUGUUAUGAGAGGGGAGAAUGAACUAUAAAUAGGACAAUUACAAGAAGGUUGAAGUGGACCCUGCUCAAACAAGCUUACAGUCUAUAGGAAUUCAGCACAUUGGGGUUUAUAUAUAGAAGUGGCGGAAACUUUUUUAUUUGUUUUUACUGCUUCCUGUUACUUUUUCCUGUCCCAUUUAUGGGAUAUGUAGUUCAGACCUUUCUCAGUAAUUCCAUUCAUUGCAUAUGAUUAAUAGCAUUAAUGCCUAAGUAACUGCACUAUGGCUUCUAUUAAAGGCACAGUCCAAGUACCAAAAUCUCUUAAUCUUAAUUUAGUGUUUUUAAGGCAUAGUUGUUGCCCUUUCUGAGAAAUGGCAUUGAUCACAUUUGGAUGUUUCCACACCUAUUUGUGGUUGUCAAGACAGCCACUAGGGCUUCAGAUUAACAUGUGUACGUCCAGUGUUUUAAUACGAGAAGUUUUGAUGUCCAUGCUUCUCAUAGAAAAGCUUUAGAAUGGUGAAACUCAGUGAUUACUGUGCAUGUGCCAUGUGUCGUCAAUUCUUCUCUAAGCGAAGCAUCUAAUUGGACAAAAGUUAUCAAUAUUAAUAAAUUCACCAGAGACUGAUCCAGCUUCUGGUGAGGAGACUGGCCCUUUGCUGGAUAACAGGUAAGUUUUAUAGCUUAGAAAAAACAAGGGCAGAGCAAUGUUCUAAAAAUAAACAAACAAAUGUAAUUUAAAAAAUAUAUAUCUAUAUAUUUUUUAUUUUUUUUAGUUAGAGUGUUCCUUUAACUUUUUGACAACUCCAAUCCAUAAGAUGAAAAUUCCUGCAAUGAGAAACAUGGAUACAAGAGAGUGGUAACUACUAUAGGAGAAUCCAAGACUUUGCUUUUAUUCUGCUCAGAAUACCUGAUUGUAGUAACGAAAAACUGUUACUAGUAUGAAAGCAUGUUUUGAUAUGAAACAUUGCAAGUCUUAUUGAUCUAAAAUACAGAUUGCUUAGUCAUCUCCUACUGUAUUCUCUUAGUAUAUUACGCAAUAUAGUCAAUUCAUAGCAACGUGUCUCUGUCCGUGCAGAUGCAGCUUCCAAGGUGACGGAGCAGGAGUGGAGAGAGAAGGCCAAGAAAGACCUAGAGGAGUGGUACCAAAGGCAGAGCGAACAGAUAGAAAAAAACAAGGUUUCAAACAGGUACGUAAAAAACAUUCAUUGAAAAUAAAUUGUUGCAGAAAAUAGUGAUCUAUCAUCAGGGCAAACCAAACCAUUAUGUAAUGAUUCCAGACAUUGUUUAUAGACAGAUCCAAACCGUACAUUCCUUUUCUAAGACUCUCCUGGUGAUAGUUUAUGAUCGAGUGUCUUUUUUUAAACUCGGAGCCGCUUUAGAUCACUUAAGUUAACUUCAGAUUCAAAAAUUAUCUGAUGAGAAUUAGACACUCAGAAACAUGGUUAUUGAGUGAAGCAUAUUACAUAACUGCGUAAAUUUCAUUGGUCGUGUCCCACUGUCCAGGGUUUUUUUUUCACUCUGGAAUUAUGCUUUUGUGGUUAUGACAGAGAUUUUCCAGAAACCUUUUGUGACAGAUGCACAAAACAUGCUUGGAGUAGAUAAGACCAAUGAAAGUCACUACUUCUAGAUGGCUUUAGGAGCACUCAGCAUUGCAUCACUCUAUAACUCUCUUUCAUAGCACCACAUAUUGAUCGGUAUGCUAAUGUGCUUUGUGCUGAUCCGAACACAGCAGGAUUCCUUCUGGUGGAAGCUGCAUGUUUCAGUGAUAAACAUUAGUACGUUUUAAGCUGUUAAAUCGCUCAAUAAAAACUCAGAUUCAGCCAAUUGUAAUGAUGGGAAAUUAUAAGAGUAGCACAAAUGAUGACCGGGGGUUGGGGGGGAGGGGGAGAGGGGGAAUCGGGGGAAUCAGGACAUCCUGGCACCAUAACCACUAUAGUGUGUUGCUUUAAUCCCAACGUGAACGGAUCUGACGCAUUACUUGCCAAAUACUAAUGCUUAAUGUGACCACAAUCACAAGUGUGUUUUUCAUACAACAUUACUGAAUUGUAAUUAAAACAAGAAUUAUCUUAUAUGGGAUGCCUUGACAUGAUAGAUAGUCUUACAUACUUUACUCAAAACAUGUAAAAGUACCAACACCACACUAUGCAUACACUUCCUUUAUAUGUUUGUUUUACACAGAACGUAAUUAAUUCUCCUUUAGAGACAGCAGGACUUAAAGGGACACUAUAGUCACCCAGACCACUUCAGCUCAAUUAAGUGGUCUGGGUGCCAGGUCCCUCAGGUUUUAACCCUUCACAUGUAAACAUAGCAGUUACAUAGCAGGGUUAAUCAAACCUCUAGUGGCUGUCUUCCUGACAGCCGCUAGAGGCGCUUCUGCGACGCUGGAUGCGAAAUUAAGAAAUGCUUUCCUAUGGACUGUUAGAAUUCACGCGCGGCUCUUGCCACCCAUGUGCAUUCCACUCCAUUUGGGAGCUGACGUCGGUGGGGGAGGAGAGGUCACCAGCGCCGAGGGAGGUUGAGGGUCCCCCAAGGAUUAUAUAGUGUCAGGAAAACGAGUUUGAUUUCCUGACACUAUAGUGAUCCUUUAAUAUUGUUUAAAGCCUUUGGUGUUCAGCAGCAAAAAAAUUGUAUCAUGAAUUGUACAUCUAGAGCUGUUAAAAUACAUACUUUUGUUAAGUAAGAGUUAUUUGAUUUUGGAUCUUUCCAGUGCUCAGUUGUCUCAAGAUUGAAUCAGAUCUAACAGUUCUGACAAUGUUUUCUUGGCUUUAUAGAAUGAAACAGUUUGUCUAACCAGCCGUCUGUUAUGUUGGCAGUGGCUGUCACAUAUUGUAAAAUGCUUAAAACAAAUGUAGGAAUUUAAUUUAAAACAGAUUUUGAUGAUAAGAAGAACAAUCUGAAAUAUUUCAGGUAUGCAUAUUUUUUUGUUUUAGCAAAAAAACAAAACACUUUUACAUCUGAUGGUAACAAUGUACCUAUAAAAUCGCAGGCAACUUUUGUAUCUCUCCAAGAAUAGUUUUUUUGUCUGUAGACUGCUUCUUUAUAGUUUUAUCAUGGACAUCUGAACAAAACAGUUGACAAAAGUCUAGCCUCUCAUGUGACUUGUGACCCAAACAGGAAUGCAGCAUUUAUAAUCAGUCGAACGUCGUAAAUCAUUAUCCCAAUAAGUGUCAUAGGAAAGAGCACUAUAAAUGGUUACUCACAUCUAUGGUGCCCAAGGGUUAAAUGUCACUGAAGUCACUAUGAAUGGAAACCACACCUUUUGUGUUAUUCAAAGCACUCAGCCUGAAAGUGCUCAUGAACAACGAUUAGCUUUUGGCCCAGAAAUUUGUCACCCUAACCUUUAACUUAUUCUUAAAUAAACGGCAAUGUAAAAGAAAAUUCACUACCACUUCAAGAACUGUAUGUUCAGCAUAGCAAACUCACUUAAGUUCUCCUAACUUAUACAUAUAGCUUCCAUUUAAUUUCCCUUUGGUCAUCACUAAAUGAAAUCCAAUAUAAAGGAAAUAAAAGUGAGAUAGGUGAAUAUGUAGUUGCUGCAUACUAAGAUCUCAGUCUAGGCUCUCCAAAUUGGUACAUAUUUGGCAUUAUACUAAACAAUUCUACCAUGUACCUCUGUUCUGCAUUUGCUUAUGUUUAGACAACAACAAAAAGCUGUGCUUUAAUAAGACACUGUUUUUGUUUAGAGUAACCCUUCAAAUGUUGCCUCCUACCCUCUCUCAAAAGUAAAAAAAAAAAAAGUUAAAACUUACCUCUGUUCCAGCGUUGAGGCCAACUUCUCCAGGCCACCAUCGGAUGCCUAUCACAAAUAUGCUGUGCGUGUUGAUGAGAGAUGUCCAAUAUGCACUUAAUUGACACCUGUGCUAGUUAAAAAAAAACUACACAAUGAUACUGCCAAAAAUACACAGCUGACAGGAAAGUGAAACUCUUAAUGUGCAGCGUUUUAUAGCGUAAUCACUGAAGUGGUCAUGGUGCUUGGAGUAUCUGCUUCUUUAUAGCUUUAUCAGAGUCAUUUGAACAAAACAGUUGACAAAAGUCUCGCCUCUGGAACUUCAAUUUUCCAGUUCUCUGGAACUUCAGUGUUUAACAUUGCAACACUAAGUGCAAAAGUACACUGCACCCAGACCACCUCAAUGAGCUGAAGUGGUCUGGGUGCCUACAGUGUCCCUUUAACAAGGGAUAGUCAAUCAAACAGUUGGCUACAUCUGUUACAGUAAACAGCCGGCCGAGUAGGAACAAUUUGUUGUGGUUUGAUUGCAGAUUUAUAUUUUGGAUUGUGACUUCCUUAAUGCAGCACUGCAGGCUAUAGCUGACUCCCAAUACAUUGUAUUGAAAAUGCAUUCAAAUUAUAAAAAAACAUAAAUAUGUUCCUGGAUUUGUUACAAAUUUUUGUGGUUUGCAGCUUCCUGCAAAGAGUUCUGUCAAGACUAGGACAUAGCUGACACGUGUCAGCCCAUCCUAACUUUCCACAAAACAUCUGUCCAUCUACAGUGAUACCAAUUGUGCCAUCAGUGCUGCUAUCAGUUUACUGCCAUCUCCAUUCAUAGUUUUGUGAAUGAAGCUAUAGAUGAAACUACAUGUGCACGCCACAGAUCAGACUCCUUCAGCAAGCUGUAUAGGAUUUGUUUAGAUCUGUGAGUAAGAAUGUGGACUUAUAACCACAGUGAUUUUUUUUUCAAAGUCAGUUGAAAGAGAAUUUUACAUUUCAGGCCAAAUUAGUCAAACUAAAAGUGUAGCUGGCUUAGCGAAUUCUAGUUUGCCCAUUUUGGCUUUAAUUUUGAAAUGAAUUCUCAUUUUCGUGAAUAAACAUGUAAAUGAAUAAAAAAAUAUCUUUUUCAUUAUGUAUGAUUACUAUGAUGUCAUGAGUAAUUAGGUAAUUAGAGGCAUCUUAUAUUACUGACUCUGACUGCAAAAUGAGUAGCCAGUUUAAGACAGAGAUCAAAGAUGGAUCAAAGGGACGCUACUUUAUUAACACUAACAUUAAUGCAUUUGGUAGGUUUUGGUUUAAUAUGCAGUAUUUUUGUAUACUCUGCAUAAUAAUGUAUGCAGUAUGCUGCAGUCAGAGUCGUAACUAGAUACCACCGCGCCCCGGUGUGAAAAUUGCCCUGUGGCCCCCCCAUGUGUCUCAUUCCCUCCAUCAGCAUUUCCAUGUGUCUCAUGUCUCAAGCUUCUCCAUGUGUCCCAUCCCCCAAGCCUCUCCAUGUGUCUCAUUCCAGCAUCUGCCCACAACCCCUCCAUGUGUUUAAUUCUUCCCCCCAGCCCCUCCAUGUAUUUUAUCUCCACAGCCCGUCCACGUUUCUUAUUCCACCAAGCCCACAUGUAUCUCAUCCCCCACAACCCCUCCAUGUAUCUCAAUCCCCCAUGUGCCUCAUUCCCCCCAAGCCCCUCCAUCUGUCUCAUUUCCCCCGAAUCUCUCCAUGUGUCUCAUCACCCCACCCCUCCGUGUGUCUUAUUUCGUUCCCCCAGCCACUCCAUUUUCUAUUCUGCCCCAUGUGUCUCUCCCCAAUCCCCUUCCUGUACCUGCUCACCUCUGAGCUGACAGCAGUACCUGGUCUCACAAGGAGCACUUUCUGUUAGAUCAAUGUCUGCUCAGUUACACUACAUUCAGUGACCUGCAGGAUGAGGAGCGCUGUGCAGUGUGCUCCCCUCCUGUUGGUCACCCUGGAAGUGCAUGUUCACAGAUCCUAAGGUUAUGCCGGUGGCCCAUGGUCUUAGGGGUCACAGCUGCAGUCGGGCCCCCUAGAGUAACAAGCCUGGUGGCAGCUGCGACUCUUGUGAUCAUGGUAGAUAGGCACUGGCUGCAGUAUACCCCUACUUAUAUAGCUAUGCCUGUCAAUUCUAAAAAAAACUUCCUUAUGUAUAUACACAGCUCAGCCACUAGCAACACAGAGUGAGCUGAACUGCUAUAAGCAAAUAAGCUUGCAUUUGAAGAAGAGGCGAUCCAAGCAAACACAUAAACAGCAUAUCACUCAUGUGGACAUAGUCGUAAAUUAGAGGGGCAAAGGUUUAAAAAUAAUUUCAGGAAGUAUUACUUUACAGAGAGGGUAGUGGAUGCAUGGAAUAGCCAUCCAGCUGAAGUGGUAGAUGUUAACACAGUGAGGGAAUUUAAGCAUGUGUGGGAUAGGCAUAAGGCUAUCCUAGACUUAAGAUAAAGCCAGGUACUAAUUAAAGUACAGUGGAACCUCGGUUCUGGACCACUCCCGUACUCAAACAAUUCGGUCCUCAAACAAAAUAUUAUGUCUCGGUAUUAGCAUUAACCUCUAUAGUACCACUUUGGAACCUCGUUGGUAUGACGCAUUGGCCUCCUAGCACUAGACUAAGCGAACAGAGCUCCAUUCUGUCAGCAAACAGAGCCGAUAGGUAAAGUGAAGUUAAAUUUUCACUUAAUUUACAUUAUGUUUAUAGGUUUUCUGUAUGAUUUUAUACAUUUACUUUUGGGGGUCUGGAACAAAUUAAUCUAAUCUACAUUAAUUCUUAUGGAAAAUUUUAAUUUGGUUUUCGAACAACUCGGUUCUCAAACAGCCUUCUGGAAAGGAUUAAGUUCAAGUUCCGAGGUUCCACUCUAUUUCGAAAAUUGGGCAGACGAGAUGGGCCAAAGGUUCUUAUCUGCCGUCACAUUCUAUGUUUCUAUGUUUGUAUCUUCUUUCUCUGACUGUCUGUGGUUUUCAUUCAUUUUGAAUUAAAAGUAAGCAGAGGAAAUCAGUUGUAUCAACCAAACAUUAAAUCCCAAAAUAAGGUUACCAGCAUGUCACACAGGGUGUAAGGAAAUACUAAGGUUAAAGCAUGUGAAGUAUCAAAAUUAAUUAUGACUAUCCUCUAAAUACCUUUUAUAAACAUCAUUAAAGCUUUAUUUCCAUAGCUAGUCCAGACAGUGCCACACUGAGCUGUGUGCUAAGGGUUACAUUCAGUAAUAAUCCGUGGCUUGUAAUGUUUGCACCAUGUGGCUGCCUUCCACUGCUCGCUUGGAAUUCUAAUGUAUUAUAUGUAUACAAUUAAAAAAAGUAUUUUUCACAAACAUCUGCUAGAGGGGCAGGUAUCCAAUGCUGAUUUCUGCAGAACAUAUUUUUUGCUUUUUUCUGAAAACAUUUUCUGAUUUACCAGUUUAAAAUCCAGACAGAAGACAGAUCCAUCACUGCAUUUAAAAUUGACUGCAACACUCCACACACCAUAACCACUAUAGCCCACUGUAAUGGCUAUGGUACCAGGGGAGCUCCGGUGCCCAAUUAGAGUAGGUAAACAGUUUGACACCUUACCCUGGUCCUGCUGGGCACCUUGUGCCAUCUAUCCUGCUGCCAAAAGCUCCUGCAGAGAGCUUUCAUUAGCUACAUUGAGCUAAGCCCUGCUGUCCAACGUUGGCUCGUCAUAUUGUCAGCCGGGCACUCUGAGCCAAAGAGCCAGGCUCUACACGGCAAGGCAUAGGUCAGUGGCAGAGCCUCUUGUAGAAAGGGAGGCUACGGCACACGCCCAACUGUUUGAUUACUUACGCUGUUUGGGCGCCAAGGCACUCCUGGGACCAUAACCACUACAGUUGGCUGUGUAUAAACAUUGUAUUUGUACAUGCUCGCCAGGAGUUAUUUAUAACUGGGAAAAAAAUCGAAACAUUUUCUUCAUGACAAAACUGUUUCAAAAUGUUUUAAUACUACAAUGCUUAACGUAUAACAUAUGAGAGUCACAUAGGGAACUUUUCUUAACUAGGUUUUAAAAAGUAUUUUUCUCGUUAUAACCAACAAGUUGUCUCAUUCUGACUGCUAACAGGUUUGCUCCUUCUCACUUCUCGGUUAAUUCCCUACUGUAUUAUUAACCUUUCACUUUCCUCUUUCCAUUUUCUCUCUUUCCAUUUUCUCUUGCAUGCUGCUCUCCCAGGAUUGUGGACAAAGCAUUUUACCAGCAGCCUAAUGCUGAGGUCAUUGGUUACGUGUAUGUUGACUUCUAUUUUCUUUGUGUCUGAUUCAGCCUUAAAUAGCCAGUGAAUGCACAGUUAACAGUGUCUUCUAUGUGUUUGUUCAGAUAGCAGUUCUUAUACAGCACGGUCAUACAGGGCAUUGAAUACAUUUAGCAAAUAACCAGAGGUCGGCUUUCAGACAGAGGAAUGUAAAUAUACACAUGCCGCAUUAUCACACCUUCAUAUACCACCUUAUGAACCUGUCCACACACUGAGGUUUACACACUAAACUAGCUACACUGGAGAAUAAGCAAUUACCUUUUCAAUUCUCUGCAUGUUUGGAGAGCAUAUUUCAAGCGUUAUGUUUAUAUUGUUUUCCAUUUCAGGAGUUCUAUUUCAUUUAAGCAUAUUGUUCGUGAUUCAAUUUGUGGUAUUUGUUAAAGGGAUAUCCCGGGUGUGAAAUAAAAAAAAUCUACUCGUCCAAGGGACUAAAGUGGUAGCCCAAUCUACUUGUCUGUCAUGACAAUCCACUUGUCCUGUCACUAAAUAAUAUCAGUAUUAAGAUUGGGACCCCUGGACAUUGGGCUGUUUUCCAAACUCUACAUUUUUCACAAACUAAAUCUGAAUGGGAAAAUAGAGCCAACAAAUAACAGAUCUGGAAAUUCUUUCUAAAUUAGAUAAAACAUGGAUAUUUCUGCUUCAGUUUUGCAAUUUGGAUUUAUUUUUUAAACAUUCUAAGUUUUGUGAGUUAUCCGGAGUGUCUCACCUACUGACCACCACCCUUCCCCGUUUCCCCUUCCAAGCUUCCUCCCCCUCCCACGGGGCUGUAUGUAAUGCCUGUGUGGUGUGUGCUGGCUGGAUGUAAUGUGUGUGUGGUUUGUGCUGCCUGGAUGUAGCGUGUAUGUGUCCUGGCUGGAUGUAAUGUGUGUGUGUGUGGUGUGUGCAAUCUGGAUGUAAUGCGUGUGUGUGCUGGCUAUAUUUUGGAAGUAAUAUUAUUCAAAUUAUUAUUCUCUACAGUUUGGAGUGUAUAAUGCAUAUUUAAACAAUGCUUAUAAUAUAAACACAUGUAAAUAUCAUUAUAAUAUACAUAUGCAUAUAUGCAUAAUACUCUCAAAAAUAAAAAAGUAGAAAGUGUGUGUGUGUGUGUGUGUGUCCGCGCACGUGCGUGUGUCCUCGUGCGUGUGCGCUCUGUCUGUAGUGUUGCCUGUACGUUUGCAGGGAUAAAGCUUUAGUCUAGUUUGCAAAUAAAAAGAGCAUAUUUAAAGUAAAGAGAGUUGUUGCGAUGUACAUUAUAAACUUUUACAUGAUCAUGGUUUCCUUGUAAUUAAUCUGUGUUGUCCAUGAAACCAGUAUUUUACAAGGGGGGGCUGUCACUAGAUUAUUUCCAUUGGUAUAUCUUCUUGCCACUAACCAAGAUUUUAAUCUUACAAUGAAUUCUGAUUGGCUAAAGAAAAGAAGCACUCAAAAUACAGAUAUUUAUUUGAAAUGUGUCAGUUCCUUUCGUCCUGACACCGGGUGCUGAAUAUAUAUCCUUGACCCACAGGAGCCCAAGGCUGGAACCAAAGUCAUAUGUAGAGAAAGGUCUACAAAGAGAUAAUGUAUGUGAUGUGACGUGCAUUUAGUAUAAGGAGUUGGCUAUCUGUGUGUUUGUCUUCACCUGUCAUUUAAUCAUGGAACACAGAUUGUGUCUAGCAUUUGUACCACUGUAUGACAUGUAAGUGCUGUGUCAAGCAUGAAUAUGAAAAAUUCCACUUUUAUGUUUAAACAGUAAAGGUUAGUUUGCUGAUUGUACUAAGUUUGUUUUCCCUUCAUAUCCAGCUCUUGACUUCUCUGAUUUUGUUUAACUUUAUUUUGUUAUAGAGCAUCUGAUGAAACCCUGGUCUCUGAGACUAAAGAUGAUGAGACUGGGACAGAAUGGGAAAGAGUUGCCCGGCUAUGUGACUUCAACCCUAAGAGCAGCAAGCAGUCAAAAGAUGUGUCUCGUCUGCGAUCUGUACUCAUCUCCCUCAAGCAGACGCCCCUAUCUCGCUAAGUACCUCUUCAAGCUCACGUCACCUCCCUGCAUCACAUUAUACCAAAGAAACUAUCGCAAGAAGGAUCGGGCACUUGAUAUGAUGCCUUCAACUUAAGCAGGUCUCUAACACCUAUCUUUUAACCUGAGUGGGACUCACUCAACUACUGAACUGGGAACAUCUAAAUUAGUGAAGUUUCUAAUAUAUAAAAGUUCUGCUUUUUUAUUUUAUUGUAAAUGGGAAUAUGUGAUGAUGGGUGUAGGGAAGGGUUUGUUGGUGUAUCCUUUCCUUUGUGUCUCUGUGUGCCUGGCUUUAAAGACCGCUUGCUAAAAUGUUUCUCUUAAAGACCAGUUUGAAGAAGGAUGUUUAAAUUGAAAUGUAUUGUUCCUCGAUUUAGGAAAGGGAGUUAUAAAUCUAUGCACAGAUGUUGCACCAAGUCAUAACUGGCAGCUACACAAGUCGCACAAAUAAUAAUUUUGACGAAUUAGAAACACAACAUGAAAAGCCAGAGAUACAGGAAAACCCUGAAAGAAAGUCUCUAGGCUCUUUACCCUAAAAGAUGUACUAAAGAGUUAAAUUAAAGGCAUUUUGGUGUUGCAUGGGGAGAAUGCAGGUUUGGGAUACAGGGAGACAGGCAUGAUAUAGUCUAUAAUGAGUGGAGCUCUACCAGAAAUAGAUUGGGUCGACCCAAAAGUAGAUAGAACUACGUCUCACUCCUUUUGCCUCCUACUUCUCACUCCUUUUGCCUCCUACGUCACUCCCUGUGAAAGUGAUGUCUUAGGCUGGUGCCUUCUAUUCAUUAUGGGAAAUUUAGCCAUAACACCACAAACUCCCUCUUAACUCUUUAUGUUAUAGUUCCAGGAAGAAGACCCCCCCCCGGGAACUAAUUGGGUGUACAAAUUAUUGUGGUUUAACCCCUUAAGGACCAAACUUCUGGAAUAAAAGGGAAUCAUGACAUGUCACACGUCAUGUGUCCUUAAGGGGUUAAAGGAUGGAAGUGUUUUACAUUAAGAAAGAAAUAGUCAACAAGAAGUUUGAAAAUGUUUAAAAUAUGCAGGAACUUUAGUAUAUUUAAAUUUGUUAAUAUUAUCCUGUAUAAAUAAAAAAAAAAUUGGAUGGAGAGAGGGCUCUACCAUAAAAAUAUCUAAAACUGAAAUUUGGUUUGUUUCAGUUUUUAAUUAAAAAAUUGCAGUGGUCUACAAAAAAAAGUUUUGUUAAUUGUUGAGUAUACAUAUUGUAUUGCGGCAUUACUAUGUGUAAUAAGCUAGGAUCUGUAAUGGAGUUAAUUUAUUUUUACAUAGUAUUGAUUUAAACUUUGCCCACGUGUGUGUGCAUUUUCAGCAAUGUCAUUUGUAACCCUCCAUAGCUAACCAAGACUGAGAUCCUUUGCCUUUUGUUGCUCCUGCUUUUUAAAUCAGUUCCAUUUUGAAGAGUCAUUACUUGCUUUGCAGAAUUUCGAUAUAGUUUCCUAGGUUUAAAUGUUAUAGCAUUGUAUGUUUCAUAUGAGCCCCCGAUCAUCAGUGUGUGAAAAAAAAAAAAACCUUUAAAGUUCAUUAAUUUUGUUAGCAAUCUUGCUUCAUUAAAAUAUGGUACUUUGGGAUUUAUUUUUAUUGAUGUUGUAAGAAAAUGAAUUUGAUUGACAUGAUACAAGAGAAGCAUCACCAGUUUUAAUUCAAUGUAUAAUCAAUUUAAAGUAACAGCCAAAUGUCAUUAGCUCUCUCUACCCAUUACCUACAGCUAAUUAUCUCAAGAUAAAAGUCACAUUACCAACAGAAGAUAACUAGAUUACUCAUUUAUGAUGUCUGCUCUACACAUUAAACUGAUACUAUUGUAUUUGUUCAUUUUAAGGAUGCUAGUUUAUUGCCUUGUUUAGUAUUAAUUGUUCAGAAUUGAAGAUAAGCUCGAAAAAUUAUGAGUAAAAUUAAACGUUCAGAAUUUGACAUCUAUUAGAGCUUUUCAAACCCAGAUCCAAUUCUUUUGUGGUUCCGUGUUUAAAUUAAGUUUCAUAAAAUGUAUAAUAAUCAUAUGGGCAUUAAAGUGUGUUCAAAUAAAUUGAAGAAUCAAAUUCGAGGAGGACAGAAAACAAAAUGCCACCUCACUUGAUUUGUCUCAAAUGACUAAUUACAAAUUUGUCUUUUGAGGUCUAAUAAAUCAGGAAUUGUAAAAGCAUAGGUUUUUAAACAGGGUUAUUCACAUAAAUCAUGACUUGACCAGUAAAGUUCGAAUUUUAGGCCAAAAUAGUCCAAUAGUAAAAGACCUCAAUAACUCUUUUUCUAUCGCAAGCUAUUUUGGCUUGACAUCUGCAUGUCACUGGUCAAUUUCUACCAAUUCGCAGCUUAGUGAAUAACUUAGAUUAGUCCUAACAUCGACUGUACCUUUUGUAGGGAGGUGGGCAGUGGUUAGUAUUAUAAUGGUUUUAACUGGGAAAUACUUUUUUUUUUUAAUGUAACUAUAAAAUACAGAUAGAUGUCUGGCUAUUCUGGGUUCAAAUCGCACCGUGCUUUGCCAGCAUUGACCAAAAUAAACUGCCCUUUUCCAACAGCUAAAUUACAGGUAGAAUUGUGAAAUAUUGGCUACGAAAUUGCACACUUCUUAGUCAAAAUGGCCAAUAGCAUAACAUUUUUUUGUUAUGCUGACAGUUUACUGCUAAGUGAACAACCCUGUUAGAAUUGCACAAAUAUUUUUCACCUCUCGAUUAUAAUAAACUAAACCAGGACAAAUGUUGGCUUCUUAUUUCCAACCCAUGUGAAGCUUUCUAAUUAAUAAGGAUACACAUUAUACAACGGUUACAGUAUUUUCCACUGAUUAUGCUUGUUUUUUGCUUUAGUAUAUCAAUUACCCUUUAUAAUGCAAUUGUCAUUAUUGUUUCAUUACAUUGUUAUUGGAGUGCAAACAAAGAACAUUUAAGAUGUAGUUUGGUGAUCAAUGUUUGUAUGUGUCAUAGAAAUAAAACGCUAUUAAGUCUAUUUUAAAGGUAUUCUGUUUUAUAAAUACACCAUCCAUCUGCACUGAUUGCAGUGUGAAUAACUGAUAUUUCUUUUUAUCUCCCAUUUCAUAUCUUCAUGACAUGUCGGAGCAGUGUUCAGUAGGGUGGGGGGGGGAUUCUAAACACUUACAGCGGACCAAGCAGAGUUCUGAAACCAUCCCUUUGCAGCAUCCUGAAGGAUCAAAAUGUAAAACUUUCUUUGGUUAAAAAUAUAAUAUUAUUACAGGGCCUACAAGUGCUGCACUACUAGCUGAAAAUUUAAAUUACUUGCCACUGCAAGACUGAAGGGUCCCUGGCAUACACACCUGGGGUAAACUCUACUUGCCAGAACUACAUUUUCACUCACCAAUUGCUAGUGGUGAGUAGAAAUUUUGAGCCCUAGUUAAUUAAUCAUGGAGAAGUACGAUCUGUGCUUGAACAAUACUUCUCAAGAUUUUAAUAUCUAGUUGUCAGCACUAGAGAUCGAUCAAUUAUAGGUUCUGGCCGAUAUUCAGCAUUAUGGCAAAUAUUGGUAUCAGCCUAUACUGAUACCAAUCAUGCGGGGGGCAGCGCACGUUUUCUUGAACUCUUUUCUCCAACUCUCAGAGGACCGGAAAACAGAAUAUGGUUUGAUCUGCCCCCUCUACAAUGGGAAACACCCUGGCAGACUGCACAAAGUUCCCCUCCCUGGCCACAGGUAAAAGGCAGGGAGGGGAGAAGAAUAUUGGUACCAGUUAUCGUUUAUCGGUCCAAAAGGCCUUUAAAAAUUAUAUUGGUCAAAACAUAUUCAGUACAUGGCAAAUCCUGUUCAGCAUGGUGACCCAAAUAUGUCUUCUGUGGCCCAGGGGGCCUAGUCAGUAAGUGCCCAGCAUUGCACAUCACAUAGAGUUCAAAGUCUGCAUUUGAAGAUCCAGCUGCCUGCUAGUCCAUGCCUUCUUAACGUUUCUCCUUUUCUUUCUGUCUGGCAACAACUGUUAGAGUAACUGAUAAGGCAAUAAAUAGCAUGUCAUUAGUUAAAGCUAUACACAGAGUGCAGGUAUAUUGACUUUGUAAAUGUGGCUAAAUAUGAUGUACGUACUGUAAAAGAUAUAACAUGAGCUACAAUUAAUGAGAAAAAAAGUUCUCUAUACAAUUAAAACCAAACUGAUAGCUGUAUAGAUAAGGCCAUGUACUAACUGAAACUUAAUUGUAAAACUGGUUAAAUAUAGUGUUGGUACAUGUAACGGCACCUCCAGGCAUAAAAGGGUUAAACCGCCGUUUAGUAGAUCUUCCCCUUCCAGAGACACAGGCACAGCUACCGCAGAACCCCAAACGAACAGGAUACAAAGUAGCACUCCAAACUUACAUUUUCAGAAUCAGCAUACUCCAAAUACAAACAUAUGUCAAAAUCAUACAAAUUGGUCCAGUGGGUCAAAAGUUAAGUCCUUUGUGACCAAAUGAUGCAUGGCUUUUCUGCCCAAAACCAGUUCCACAGAGUCUUCUAUCCUGGAGAUAAUUGAGAAGUAAUCCAAUUAACUCCAAGGACAGAGGCAAAACUCCAUUAGCCACAUGGCAGCAAAAGACAGUAAAAUACAUUAAAAUACACAAGGUUACAUUUAUUACAUAAAAUACAGACAUGCAACAUAUCCCCAGAUAACUUAGGUCUGAACGCACAUUAUUACUGAUUGGCACUCAGACCACACACAUACAGUUCAAUUGCCAUGGAGCCAAAGUCUGAAUAGGCUCCAUGGCAUAGCUAUCUGGGUUAAAUUAGUUCAUUCAGUAAAUCCGAGAAUCUACCGAACGCCAGGGCAGAAAUACAUGAAUAGACCUUUCUGCAUAGGAAAAUAAAGUAUUUAAAUGCCGGUCCAUAGUCAAAAGGCAGCAGGCAGGCAACCAGGCUCCUCCAAUGCACAGUGGUCUCGUCACAGUACAAAUCCUUUCUAAGUCAAGAUAAACCAUGUUCUCUGAUAGAUGUUUUUUUUAAUUUAUUUAUUCAUUUUUCUAAAUAUAUUGGAUGGGAAUCAAAUGAUAACAGAAUUGGAUCAGAUUUAAAAACGCGGAGCAUAAAUUGUGCCGGGAGAUGCCUACCAUAGAAAAAUAAACCAAUUAUGAGGUUUUUUUUAAAAUCAACAUCUGAUUUUAGAGAAUUGAAAAUACAACUUCAAAAUGUAGGCAGGUAAAAAUAGCAAUUUGGACAAAUUGUCCAGUCUAGCUCUAGUCACGGUUUGUUUAUUCUAACCUAAUUUUUUGUUUGUUUUUUUUAUUCGUUAUUUAAUAUUAAAAAACCCAAAACCAAGGUAUUUGCACAUAUAUGUUAAAUUGCAUGUUCUCCAUUUGUUAAAGCAAUACAGUUAUCUAAACUGGAAUGAAAGUGUUUUCUACAAAAUAAAUAUGUACGUGUUCAGUUUAUCUUUUUG